CGACGACAGAGCAGACAUCCAACGUACGUCGUACGUCCAACAACGUUUAACGACAUCCAUACCUGCCCAGCAGUUACUCCACCUUCUCUGGCAUCGACCGAUCUGCAGGUUUCAUCAGUUACAAUCAACGUUGCGGCGGAUUCAGAAGCAGCCUCUCGUUCUCUGCUAGCUGAAGCUGGCACAACGUGGGCAGUCUCACGGCGCCGUGACUGGACCCAGUUAACUCUAAUUUCCCCCACCUUGGGGACCGUCAUAGGUGCCCUCAGCUAAGAAAUCGGAACAAACUCACUCUACUUCUUUUUUUGUUUUUCCACCUCAACUAUGCCGGACAACGAGCUGGACAAUGUCUACUCCAUCCGCCCACAUCUCGAUCUCUUCACAUCUAGCAUCCCACAGCGCCUCUGCUGCUCACGACCCUGCCGGUCUACAAUUUGAGGAUCACAGCAUCAUCGAUGCUAGCAUCAAGCAGGAUGUCGGGCCUACGCUCCAUCCCGGCUCGACGUCAUCUGGUUCCCCCACCGAGUCUGUUACUCUAGACCCACUCCAGGCCUCUUUUGCUCUCCCGUCCUCGACCAUUUCUUCUUCUCACUCCUCCGCCCUCAUCUGCUCGCAUGUUUCCCCCACCUCAUCGCUCCUAAGUGACACCUCCGCUCUCCUCGCCAUGGCGUCCUUCGCCGGGCGUGUGUUCGUCUUUCUGUUCCAUAUCGUCCCCGGCGUCCUGUAUUGGGUUAUUACUUUCACCACAAUCACCCUCCCAACUUGGCUAUUUACGCUGUUUUCAAUGAGCCUGACGUUCACCAUGAACUUCACAACACUUCUCGUCAUUCUGCUGGUCCUUGUGUCGACGAUCAGCUGGUUUGUUCGCUACCGGUUCCUGAAUAUGUACUCCCGCCUUCCGCCCGAACCUCAACGAAAGGAACCUCAAAUCGAUCUUUUCCCAGAUACCCAGGCUGGUGACUCGAAGCCCGGACUAGCCAACUAUCUAGACGAGUUCCUCAGCGCAAUCAAAGUUUUUGGAUAUCUGGAGCGCCCCGUUUUCCAUGAAUUGACACGCACCAUGCAAACGAAGAAAUUGAUUGCUGGGGAAACUUUGUUGUUGGAAGAAGAGAAAGGUUUCUGUCUUGUGGUUGAUGGUGCUGUUCAGAUAUUCGUAAAAUCCAUUCGAGAGAGCCAAGAUAAAUAUAGGAGAAGCCCCAAUGCGGAUAGUAACGAUGCGGAAGAAUCAAUGGAAGAAGAGGAAGAACCUAGCGAUCGCCGACAUCAAGGGUAUCAAUUGUUAACAGAGGUCAAAAACGGGGCCUCAAUGUCGUCUCUAUUCUCGAUUUUAUCCCUUUUUACUGAGGAUAUCAAGCUGCGUCAUAGUGAGGACAUGGAAUCAAGCACCUCGAGUAUUGACCCAACACGAAGUGCGCCGCCUAUGCCAAUGACCUCCCCUCCUUUGGCGGAGAGUCCAGUAGCGCCUCAUUUCCAAGGAUUUAGAGAAACGCCUCCACGAGCGAAUGGAAACCCUGCGCCGUUACCAGCCGUUCCGCAUCUCGCACUUGAAGACAGCCAUACGUCCUUCCAAAGUGAGCCUCACGCGCACCAGUAUAGACCAAAGAAGACGAGAAAGCCGAAGGAGAAGAAAUCCGUCCACCCUGACAUUGUAGCACGCGCAAUGGUCGACACCACGAUUGCCAUCAUACCUGCAAGCGCCUUCCGCCGUUUGACCCGAGUGUAUCCUCGAGCUACAGCUCAUAUCAUCCAAGUGAUUCUUACCAGGCUUCAGCGGGUCACUUUCGCGACGGCACAUUCAUAUUUAGGCUUGUCAACAGAGGUCCUGGGCAUUGAGAGGCAGAUGAAUAAGUACACCUCAUAUGAUCUUCCGAAUCAUCUCCGCGGCGCCGCGCUAGAUAGACUCAAAGAUAAAUUCACAAAUGAGAGGGAUCGACUCGGCCCAGAGGAAGUCACAAAGGGCAUCGCGCUCCACAAUCCCUCGGCGAGCGGAAGGCGCCGAUCUAGUAGCUCUUUGCGGAAAGAUGCCGCAUUGUAUGCCAAGAUAUCUGCUGCCCAAGCAAGGCAUUCAAUACACAAUGCAUCCCAUGCAUCUGAGAAAGAAAGCAGUGGUGUGAGUCCUGGUGAUUUACUUUCUACAAUUCAACUUUCUCGAUACGGUCCUCGAUAUGGAUCUGAGCGCCUCAGGGGCUUCACACAUGCCCAUGAAUAUCCCCCGCCUUUAAAUAGCCCUAGGGAAGCAUUUCCUUCACCCGCCCAACAGGUGAAGCCGCAACCAUUCAGCCUGUCGGCCCAAAGUCCCCAGUUUCAUAGACAAGAGUCGAUCGAUGAGGAUUUUGUUUUCCGUGAAUCUAUUCUUGAUUGUAUGAUGACGGCUCUCGGCCUUACAGGAAGCACGAAUGAUGCGUUACGAAAAACCCAUAAUUCUGGAGAGGCAUCUCCUCAAUUAGUUUCGUAUGAUUACAAGCGGCAGAAGGCCGUCUUUAAUAAUGCGUUUGGUUUUAUCGACCCGUACGAUUCUUUUGGCGAUGCCGACUCUGAAUCUCUCAUGUCGAUGUCUGUGACCAGUGCUGGUGGAACAUCGCCUGUGGCCAACCUAAAAGCAGAGUUGCGGGACGAGAUCGAAAUUGUAUUUUUUCCGAAAGACUCUUUGCUUGUCGAGCAAGGAGAACGCAAUCCGGGCCUUUACUAUGUGAUAGAUGGAUUCUUGGACGUUGGAAUACCGGUUAAUGAGAGAGGGGAAGACCUGCUGAACUCGCCUGAUGCCUCCCGCCUUCAGUCAAGUGGGUUAUUUGAACCUCUUAAGCGACCUGCAGCUUCUCGAGCUUCAUCCGCCAUCCGGGGUGGUCAAAGCCAACGGAAAGGGCCCACUAGGCGCAAAUCUUUAUAUAUGGUAAAGCCUGGCGGCAUCGAUGGAUAUCUAGGGUCUAUUACUUCAUACAGAUCAUUUACCGAUGUUACAGCGAAAACGGACGUCUAUGUUGGCUUCUUGCCACGGGCAUGCCUCGAGAGGAUUGCUGACAGACACCCGCUUGUCCUGCUAACCAUGGCCAAGAGACUGACCAACGUUCUUCCUCGCCUCAUUCUGCACAUCGACUUUGCUCUGGAAUGGGUUCAAGUCAAUGCUGGAGAGGUUAUUCAUCAUCAAGGCGACGAGAGUGAUGCGAUUUAUAUUGUCCUCAAUGGUCGACUUCGGUCUGUUUGGGAAAAAGGGGAUGGGAAUGUGAGCGUCAUGGGAGAGUAUGGACAAGGCGAUAGUGUGGGAGAGCUGGAAGUCAUGACUGAGUCGACCAGGCCUGCGACCCUUCAUGCCAUCCGCGAUACGGAAUUAGCGAAAUUUCCCAGAACGCUCUUUAACAGUCUUGCACAGGAACAUCCCAGUAUUACUAUACAGAUCUCGAAGCUGAUUGCCCAGAGGAUGAGACAUCUUAUCCAUAAUCCGCUUAUGGAGAAACCUACCGACAAGGGUACGCACGAAAGCGCCAUGACUGGGACGUCGACUUUGAAUCUCCGCACAGUUGCUGUGCUGCCAGUUACAGCUGGAGUUCCAGUUGUUGAAUUUGGAAACCGUCUGUUGACUGCCUUCAACCAGAUCGGAGUCACAAACGGGGUAGCUGCUCUACAUCAGGCUGAUAUUCUGAAUCAUCUUGGACGCCAUGCAUUCAGCAGGAUGGGUAAAUUGAAGCUCUCUCAAUAUCUAGCGGAUUUAGAGGAGAGAUACGGCAUGGUACUUUACAUCGCGGACACAAAUGUUAAUGCGCCAUGGACCCAAACUUGUAUUACCCAGGCAGACUGCAUUCUUUUGGUCGGGGUCGCUGAAGGCUCUCCCAGUAUUGGUGAGUAUGAACGGUUCCUUCUUGGAAUGAAAACCACUGCUAGGAAAGAGCUCGUGCUCUUACAUCUAGAAAGAUACUCCCCGCCAGGCCUAACCAGACAGUGGUUAAAAAACCGCAUGUGGAUUAAUGGCGGACACCACCACAUUCAAAUGUCGUUCCGCUUAACCACAGAACCUACUCAUCCUGUAACCAAGCGCUUCGGCACUGUGUUGAAACAGAGAGUUCAAGUUCUGCAAGCUGAAAUCCAAAAGUAUACUUCUCGUCGCAUACACCAGACCCCACUCUACUCCGCCACAACUCCAUUCAACGGUGACUUCCACCGGCUCGCCCGCCGACUCUGCGGCAAAUCGGUUGGACUAGUUCUAGGAGGUGGAGGGGCACGGGGCAUUGCCCACAUCGGAAUCAUCAAAGCUCUAGAAGAAGCCGGCGUCCCCAUCGAUAUCGUUGGUGGUACAUCGAUAGGUGCCUUUGUUGGCGCUCUGUACGCGAGAGAUGCGGAUGUCGUACCCAUGUACGGUCGUGCGAAGAAAUUUGCCGGCCGCAUGGGAAGUAUCUGGCGCUUCGCCCUCGACCUCACCUACCCCUCCGCCUCGUACACCACCGGCCACGAAUUCAACCGCGGCAUCUUCAAAGCUUUCGGUGACAGCCAGAUGGAGGACUUCUGGCUCGAAUUCUACUGCAACACAACAAAUAUCAGCAAAUCGCGCAACGAAUUCCACUCUUCCGGCUACGUAUGGCGCUACGUGCGCGCAUCGAUGUCUCUCGCCGGCCUGCUCCCGCCCUUGUGCGAUGAGGGCAACAUGCUGUUGGACGGCGGUUACGUCGACAACCUGCCCGUCGCCCGCAUGAAGUCACUUGGGGCAGAUGUCAUCUUUGCCAUUGACGUCGGCUCCAUCGACGACAACACCCCGCAAGCCUACGGCGACUCGCUAUCCGGUUUCUGGGCGCUCGUCAACCGCUGGAACCCGUUCUCUUCGCUCGCUAACCCACCCACGCUUUCUGAAAUCCAGGCCCGCCUCGCAUACGUCUCCUCCUUCAGCGCGCUAGAGACGGCGAAAAAUACGCCUGGCUGUCUCUAUAUGCGGCCGCCGAUUGACGCGUUUGGGACCUUGGAGUUUGCUAAGUUCGAUGAGAUUUAUCAGGUUGGGUAUGCAUAUGGGAAGGAAUUUUUGGAGAGGUUGAAGAAUGAGGGAGGGCUGCCGUUGCCGGAGGAGACGGAGGAGAAGAAGAAUUUAAGAAGGACCAUGGCGCCUAGGAGGGCUAGUAUUUAAGCUGUUUCAUUCUGUUUGAUUUCUAUUAAGUGCGUCUCGCAUAUAUGUACGUGUACAAUACAUUAGAAUGUGUGGCGCAUGCAAUGGAUAUAUACCUUCCAACAAAUCACUAUUUUGUCAUGGCUGGCUUCUACGUCAUUUUGCAAGCUACACUGACAUCCCUGCUCCCCACACUCAAUUGGAGCGUUUCUGUGUUUUUUUUCGCCCUUUCUUAUUUCCGUUUGUCUCUUUUCGUUUCAAUACCGAGCUCACUCUGCACUUUUCGAGUUUACUUUUGCCUCAAUUCCAAUGGUACAGUUUAUCGAUAAGAAUGAUGUUCUGCUGAGCACUUCCAUACCUUUCAUGACCCUUCUCUGAUGUAUGAAAUAGGUUUAAAAAAACCUCUGCUAGGGUAGACGCGUACCAAUAACUGCAUCAUUAGGAAGGUCGGCGGAUGAUAGUUGCAGUUUAGAAUUCCUGUAUAUCAUGGAAUGGUGAGUGAUAUAGCUAAAUACAUCGUGAAAGGGAAAAAACAUAUGAAGGACAAAACAGCCUAAGUCGUGCUGGGUACUAAUUGGACAACAGAAAGCCGAAAGGAACGUGUGAGUAUAUGAGUACAAAGCAUGCAAGUAAACAAACAAGUCACGCCAAAGCACGGUUCAAAUGAUGUAGGUAGUCAAUGCUGGAGUGUGGAGGUAAAAAAAAAAUAAUAAAAAUAAUUAAAAAAAAUAGGAAAGGUGGAAUGAUGAUAGUAGCC